UUUCCCGUCCCUCGUCCCGCGCCAGCCGUCCUUGGCCUGGGGAAGCGAAAGAUGGGCAGGUGGAAAGUGGCGCUUUGCAGCUGGCUGGGCAUCGCGGCGCUCGUGGCGCUGUUCCUGCUGGGGUUCUUAGCGGGUUGGUUGGUGAAAUUCUUAAUCGACCCACAUGGCACCAACCAGGUUUUUCUAAGUGUAAGAAAACAGCUGUUUUCGGAAAUGAAGGCAGAAAAUAUCCAGGAUUUUCUACACUCCUUCACCAGCUUCCCACAUGUGGCCGGAACAGAGCAGAACCUUCGGUUGGCCAAGCAAAUCCAGAGCCAGUGGAAGACCUUUGGCUUGGACACAGCAGAACUGGUUCACUAUGACGUCCUCCUUUCUUACCCAAAUCAAAGCUCUCCCAACUAUAUCUCCAUUACCGACAAUGGUGGAAAAGAGAUUUUCAACUCAUCGUUGUUUGAACCCCCUCCCGAAGGUUAUGCAAAUAUUUCUGGAGUGCUACCACCGUAUAAUGCUUUUUCAGCACAGGGUGAGCCACAGGCCGAUCUGGUUUAUGUCAACUAUGGACGCACGGAAGAUUUUUUCAAGUUAGAGAGAGAAAUGGGAAUAAACUGUACAGGAAAGAUUCUUAUUGCCCGAUAUGGAAAAAUAUUCAGAGGAAACAAAGUUAAAAAUGCCAUGUUGGCAGGAGCAAAAGGAAUUAUCCUUUACUCUGAUCCUGCAGAUUAUUGUGCACCUGGGGUCAAACCUUACCCAGACGGCUGGAAUCUUCCUGGACAGGGGGUUCAGCGUGGAAAUGUGUUAAAUCUCAACGGGGCAGGAGAUCCCCUCACUCCAGGCUAUCCAGCCAAAGACUACAUGUUCAGACUUGACGUUAGUGAUGGAGUGGGAAUCCCCACCAUUCCAGUACACCCCAUUAGUUACCAUGAUGCUGAAGUUUUAUUAAGGCUCAUGGGUGGUUCUGCAGCUCCAGACAAGAGUUGGAAAGGAAAUCUCAACGUAUCCUAUAACGUCGGGCCUGGAGUUUUAGAUCAAUACUCCACAAGAAAAGUUAAGAUGCACGUUCAUAGCACCAGUCAAAUUACACGGAUAUAUAAUGUGAUCGGAAGCAUCAAAGGAGCAGUGGAGCCUGAUAGGUAUAUAAUCUUCGGAGGCCACAGAGAUUCCUGGGUCUUUGGGGGUAUUGACCCCACCACAGGAGCUGCUGUCCUACAAGAGGUUGCUCGCAGCUUUGGCAAGAUGAUGGAGAAGGGUUGGAGGCCAAGAAGAACAAUCAUUUUUGCCAGCUGGGAUGCAGAAGAAUUUGGAUUAUUAGGUUCCACAGAGUGGGCAGAGGAGAACAGCAAACUUCUUCAGACACGGGCUGUGGCUUACAUCAACACCGAUUCUUCCAUUGAAGGCAACUACACUUUGAGGGUUGACUGUACUCCUCUUCUGAACCAGUUGGUCUAUAAUCUGACAAAAGAGAUCUCAAGUCCUGAUGAAGGCUAUGAAGGAAAAUCUCUCUAUCAGAGUUGGCUUGAGAAGGAUCCUUCCAGUGAAAAUAAUCAACGACCCAGGAUCAACAAGCUUGGAUCGGGCAGUGAUUUUGAAGCUUUCUUUCAAAGAUUAGGGAUCGCGUCUGGCAGAGUCCGCUACACUAAGAACCGGAAAGUGGACAAAUACAGUAAUUAUCCUGUAUACCACACUACCUACGAGACUUUUGAACUGGUCAAGCGGUUUUACGAUCCCUCUUUCCAGAAACAGUUCACUGUGGCUCAAAUACGUGCAGGCUUAGUCUAUGAACUUGCAGAUUCUCCAGUCCUUCCCUUCCGUUGUCAGGAUUAUGCAGAAGCUUUGAAACUCUACGCUAAUGAAAUCUAUGACCAGGCCAAGAAACACAAAGAAGAACUUGAGAAGUACCAAGUUUCAUUUGAGGCCCUGUUUUUUGCUGUGAAUCAUUUUGCAUCUGUAGCACCAGUUUUUCACCGCAGGCUUUCACAGCUUGACAUGAAUAACCCCAUUGCUGUUCGGAGCAUGAACGAUCAAUUGAUGUUUCUCGAGAGAGCUUUCAUUGAUCCUCUUGGCUUGCCAGGCAGACCAUUCUACAGACACAUCGUUUUUGCUCCAAGCAGUCGCAACAAAUACGCAGGCAUGUCAUUCCCAGGGAUCUAUGAUGCUCUGUUUGAUAUAGGCAGCAGGACAGAUCCACAGAAAGCUUGGAAGGAAGUCAAGAGGCAGAUCUCUAUUGCAGCCUUCACUGUGCAGGCCGCUGCAGGGAUUCUGGAAGAGGUUUUGUAAAACGACGACUGUAGAACAGAAGCGGCCUAUUUGAUUUGCAUGGCCGGAAAAUUUAUAUUACGGGUGCAAUUUUACAAUCCCAGCACGUUAUGCUUCCAAUUCUGGUGAUUUGAACACUGAUCAAGUGGUUUUUGGCAGUGAUUUGCUCUCCAAGCUUGUUUCAAUUUAGUUUCUGAACGUUUCGUUACCAAACUAGGUAACAUGAUCAGGAUUUUCUUGUCCUAUUCCUCUGAUUCAAGUGAAUUUGAAAUCCCCCUUUACUCCAAUACAGGUAAUCCUUAAGACCGCAAAAUAGUCCUUGACUUAUGACCACAAUUAAGACUGGAGUUUUUUGUCACUAAGCAAAGUGGUUGUUAAAUAAGUUACGUCCAAGUUUAUAUUUUGGGCCAUGGUUGUUAAGCAAAUCAUUGCAGUUGCUAAGUGAAUCAAAGAGUAGUUAAAAAAAUAUGACUUCCCCCACAGCCUUGUCAGAAACUGGCUGGGAAGGCCACAAAUGGUGAUCAGAGGAUUACAGCACACUCUUAAUUGUUGUAAAUGCGUGUCAAUUGCCAAGUGCUCAAAUUUUGAUAACACAGUUGUGGGGAUGCUGCAACACGUUCAUUAAGUGCCAGGACCAGUUGCAAGUCACUUUUUUCAGCUUUGCUCUGACUUCAAAGAUUCCUGAAUGACUGGUUGUAAGUCAAGGACUUUCUGCAUUUUUCGCUGCUUAAGGCAGUCCCAAAACAUCUAGCUUCAAGUGAUGGAGCCUGAGGAUGUCAACAUUGUUCCGUUCAUAAACUGGCCUGUGAACGGAGUAGCUGAUUUCAGACAGCCCGUGGCCGCUUUGAUGUUUUGGAUUAUGCGCAAAAUACAACGAAGCUGUUUUGCUCUUUG